GACGACGUAGAAUAAUCUAUGCGCUGCACGUGCAACAUAAGCUACAUACCAAAGAACAUUUAUUAAGUCAUAUAAAAACCGUUGGUGUUUUACUUUUGUUUUUUUUUAUUGUUUUUUCUAUGUGACAAAACUUUUCAAAAAAUCGUGUCAUUUUUAUGGUAUUUUUCGACAACUAACUAUUAAAUUCUUCGACCGGUUGAAUGGCAUUCACCUCUAAAUAACAAUAAACUAUUCGAGUAGGUUGCUGAACGUGAUUUGUGUUACUUGUUUUGAUUGGGGAAAAAUAUACAGAUUUUUUUUUUAAACAUGGUAUAUAAGUGCAGUGUUUGAUAUCAGAAUAAAUAUUUUGCAUUGAAAAAAUCCAUUUAUUUGUCAAUACAUUGUUGAUUUUUUGAGGCCUAAUCUGACCGAUCCGACUAUUGAAAUUGAUUGCGAUCCACUUGAAUGGAAAUGCAAACAGAUCGGAAGCGAUAGUGAUAACAGAGAAUCGAAUGUGUUGACUUCGGUCGGUGCUUAACAAAUAGAAAAAGAGAGAAAUAGAGUGAACACGAACGAAAAGUCAAAUAUUGAACAAUGCGCGAUUACUGGUACCCAUUUCGACAUAACAAAAGAUACGAUCCGACUUGGAUUACAGCCAAAAUGGACCGAUAUGGAUUAAAUGACGCACAUCUUUACACUUCGGCAAAACUACACGCAUAUGCCAAUGAACCAGGCGAAUUAAGCAGAUUUGGUCGACCAUUAUUGAAUUUUGCAGCUGCAGCCACUAUUCUGAUAAUGAUUGUUGGUAUUUGUGGAAAUUCGUUAACAGUGAUAGCAUUAUUAAAAUGUCCAAAAGUUCGAAAUGUCGCAGCCGCAUUUAUUAUUAGUUUGUGCAUAGCCGAUUGUUUGUUUUGUGUCAUUGUCCUGCCAUUUAAUGCGUACCGAUUUAUACAAGGGAUAUUUAUACCAGAUUCAGCUUUAUGUCAAAUAAUUCCAUUUUUACAAUACGGCAAUGUUGGCGUAUCACUGCUGUGCAUCGCUAUGAUUACAAUAAACAGGUAUAUUAUGAUCACACAUCACAGCUCUUAUGCUCGGAUCUAUAAAACUUCUUGGAUUGCUGUUAUGAUUGUAUUUUGUUGGAUAUUCGCUUAUGGAAUGCAAUUGCCAACGCUAUUCGGAGUGUGGGGUGUUUUCAAACGAGACGACAAUCUUGGCACUUGUUCAAUUAUGCCGGACGAACAGGGCCACAGUAGCAAAACAACGCUGUUUGUAACUGCAUUUGUGAUUCCAUGCAUUAUAAUCAUCGGAUGUUAUACAAGAAUUUUUUGGGUCGUUCAUAAGUCUGAACAACGGAUGAGACAGCAUGCCAGCAAGCAAAAUGCUAUUCCAAAUAAUUUACGUGUAAUGUCGGCAGCAAAACCGAUUGUCACCAAAGAUACAAAUAAACGUAGAUCAAAUAUACAAACAGCACAAGCGACUAUUCAAAUACCCACCAUAUCAACGAGUACCAGCCAAAUGGCGAGCGAACCGAAUGCAAUUUCAAUGGAAAAUGUUAGUGCAAAUAGUCGAAGUGAUUCCGGAGUGGCUGUUUCAAGCACAGAACAAAACACAAUACCAAGAGGAAAAUUUACAAAUCCAAAACCAAUUCGUGUAAGAGAUGCACGAGAUGCCAAAGUCAAACGCAACGAAUGGAGAAUUACAAAAAUGGUGCUUGCCAUAUUUUUGUCGUUUGUAAUGUGUUAUUUGCCGAUAACUGUAGCAAAAAUUGCCGAUAAAAAUGUUUCGUAUCCUGCGUUGCAUAUCAUUGGAUAUAUUUUAUUGUAUUUAUCGUCAUGCAUCAAUCCGAUUAUUUAUGUGAUUAUGAACAAGCAAUAUCGACAAGCGUACAAAACGGUCAUUCUCUGCAAACCAGGACGAUUACUUGGAUUUACACAAGCCGGAAGUUCGAUGGGUGAGAAAUGGAAAGAUGUCGCAUUCAGUUACAACCACAGUCGUACCAUGGUAUCACAGGUUUCCCAUCUAGAGGAGCAGCCGUCGUCUUAUCAGACUCAUCAACCGUAUCGCCAAGAUUCUCCCCAUCCAAAUCGCUUGUCCCACAUUCGCGGUAACAUGGAUCCACAAUAGUAUUAUUAUAUCAAUCAACUAUUUUUUUUUUUGAAAAUGCUCGUAGUAAGCUCUUUAUUAAUACAAAAACUCGAUAAAAAACCAAAUAUGUGCCAAAUCAGAAUUCAUUAGCUUAUAAAAAUGUUCAAACAUGCUAGUAUCUAGUACCUAUAUUUAUUAAAUCAAAUUUAUUGAAGGUAUGAUAUUAAUUUAAAAAAAAUCUCAUAAUAAA